AUGUCUCUUGCACGCUUCACUUCCAAACUUGCCGGACAGCGCGUCCUACUCGUCGGCGGCACAGGCGGUGUCGGAAUCAGUGUAGCACAAGCCUUGAUCGAGUUUGGCGCCAGUGUGAUCCUCUCCUCGUCUCGAGAAACCAAAGUCAAUCAAGUCAUCACUUCCUUGACCAACGACUACCCUGACGCCAGAGACCGCGUGUCUGGUCACAGUUGCGAUCUAGCCAGUCCUAAUGUCGAGGAGAACAUCGAAAACCUGUUUAAGAAAGUGGGUGAGGUGGACCAUAUUGUGUACAUGGCGGGCGAUCGACUGCCAACAGUGCCUCUGGAGGAGAUCACUCUGAAGGGGUGGCAGAAGUGCAAUCAAGUGCGAACCAUUGCAGCAAUUCUCGUCGUGAAAGUUGGCACGAAAUACAUGAAGAAAGACCGAAACUCGUCCAUUGUCCUGACUGGAGGCUCUAUCUCGGAGAAACCUAUUGCUGGCGGCUGGUCGAUGUUAGCACUCAUUGGUGCUGGAAUCAACGGGUUGGCGAGACAGCUAGCUUUCGACUUGGCUCCGAUCCGUGUCAAUACAGUUGCCCCAGGAGUGAUUGCGACAGACUUGUGGCAGGGAAUGGGGGAUGAGGUACGAGAGGCUUUCUUCAAGGACCUGGAGGAGAAAAAUCCCACAGGACAAGUUGGGCAAGCUGAAGAUCUGGCUGAAGCGUAUCUUUAUUGCUUGAGAGAUGCAAACGCCACUGGAAUAGUCGUCAACUCAAACAGCGGAACGUUCUUGGUGUAG